AUGUGUGACCAGCAGCAGAUUCAGUGUUGCCUGUCGCUCCCCCAGUGCUCUGUGAAGAAUUCCUCCUUCUACCCCUCCCAGUCCCCCAGUGCCAAGAGUCAGGUGGUAGUCCAAGUCCCCUGUGAGAUGCAAAUUAUGGAGUGUCCUGCACCAUGCCCAGCUCAAGCUUCCCAGGUAAAAUGCCAGGCUCCAUGUCAGUCCCAGACUAUGCAGGUGAAGUGCCAGGCUCCAUGCCAGUCUAAGACCACACAAGCGAAGUGCCAGGCUUCAAGUAAGUCUAAGACCACCCAGGUGAAGUGCCAGGCUCCAUGUCAGUCUCAAAUCUCCUGUGUUCAAUGCCAGGGCCCAUGCCAGCCUGAGGUUUCCUAUGUGCAGUGUGAAGCUCCAUGCCCUGUUCAGACCUGCUAUGUAGAAUGUGCUCCCGUUUGUUAUACAGAAACUUGUUACAUGGAAUGCCCAGUCCAGACCUUUGUACCCCAUCCAGCUCCUCAGCCUGUCCAGACUUAUGUGGCUUGUAGCCCAGCUUCCCAGACUCAGGGAAGAUUCUCAACCCAGUGCCUGUAUCAGGGCUCCCGAGUCAGAUACGCCCCGCAGCGUCAGUCCCCUGCUUCCUACAGCAACUGCACUCCACAUUUCCAAUCCGGGGCUUCCUACAGCACCUGUACCCCACAGUUCCAAUCCAGGACUUCUUACAGGAACUGCGCCCCUCAGCAUCAGUCUCGGGCUUCAUUUAGCACUUGUGCACCUCAGUGCCAGGCACGAGAGUCUUACAGGAGCUUCCCUGUCCAGCGUCGCUCCUGGAGCACUGGCAGAUGCCUCCCUCCUCGCCAGCAGCAGCCUUCCUACCGCAGCUGUUCCCCUCCAAGACGGUCUGAGCCCUACACCAGCUGGCUGCCAUCAGCAUCUUCUUCAAGUUCCUAUAACUACUGCACCCCACCGCGUCGCUCUGAGCCCAUCUAUAGCAGUGGCUGUCCUCAGGGUCCCACUUCAGGCUGCUCUCGGAGAUAUGGUCCCAAGUGCCGGGUAGAGAUUUCCUCCCCGUGCUGCCCCAGGCAGGUGCCCCCGCAAAAGUGUCAGGUUCAGAUUCCUCCCAUCAGACGCUGCCCUGAGAGUUGUGCCCCACGACCCUCCUGGGGCGCCUCUUGCCCAGAGCUGAGGCCACGUGUAGAGUCACGUCCACUCCCAAGCUUCUGUCCACCACGGCGUCUGGAUCAGAGUCCAGAGAAAUCACUGCAGCGAUGCCCGCUUCCUGCCCCACGUUCAUGUCCACGUCCUGCUCUACGGCCAUAUCCACGCCCAGAGCCAUGUGCAAGGUCAGAGCCCCGUCCAUGUCCUCCACUGCGGCGUCGUUCAGAACCCUGUCUGUGUCCAGAACCACAUCCAGCCCCGCGUGCAGCCCCACAUCCCAGAUCAGUGCAGCGUGAAUUUCCCGAGUCACGUCCAUGUCCACAGCCCUAUGAGCACCCAGAACCUUCCUCACUUCCAGAGCCAAUUCCCCUUCCAGCACCCUGCCCAAGCCCAGAGCCAUGUGUGGAGCCUAGGUGCUGUCCCAGCCCAAGCUCAGGACCAAAUGCAAUCCCAUGCCCCGGAGACCUAGGCUGUCAUGAGUCCAGCCCAUGCCGCCUGGACACUGAGGCCCCCAACUGUGGCCCAACUGGUUAUAACCAGUGGCAAGGAAGUGGUGACAGCUUUGGACCUUGCGAUGGGAUUCCAGAGCCACAAGGUUUCAGUGAUUGUGGAGACCAAGGAGGCACCUGUGUUGGAGUGAAAGGAGGUUUCUCUGCUGGAACAAAGGGUGCUUACUUUUAA